CCUUAAGGUACGCAUUGUACCUUUAGGUAAUGCCAAAGUUAGGGGGCGAGUGGAAGGACCCUCCCUCACCACUCCCAAAGCAGGUACCUGCAAGUGCGCAUCGUCGAAACCCCUGCCUGGCGGGCGCUAAUCCAGUCGACAAUUAAAAUCUCCCGUCCACCACUUGCAACCACCUCCGACCCUCUGUGCUACUUCUGUGCUUUCGUGCUUCUAAUCAGACUUGACGUUCCCUACUCUCCCGCCACCUGCCAGCAAGCCCGCUCUUUCUGAAGCAUCUCGCGACCACUUGCGCUCCCUCCCGUCCCUUGUCUUGCAUCGCCAGCCAGUAUCGCCCCCCGCCGCCCGCCAUGCCCGGCCGCACGCUGCCGACCCUCACCAAGGCCGAGGUCGAGAAGCACAGCAGCGACAAGUCGUGCUAUGUCACCAUCGGCGCCAACGUCUACGAUGUCACAGAGUUCCUCGACUCCCACCCGGGUGGUCCCGAGCUCAUCCUCGAGUACGCCGGCAAGGACAUCACCGAGAUCCUCAAGGAUGAAAUUUCACACACCCACUCCGACUCGGCCUACGAGAUGAUCGACGAGUUCCUCGUCGGCUUUGUCGUCCAGGAAAAGCUUAAGCCCAACGGCAAGGUCCAAAACGAGAUUGUCGAUUCCCAGAUCAACGAGAAAGUCAACCAAUACGUCCACCCCAGAACCGGCAUGUCGUGCGAGGAGGACCUCAGCAAGGACACCGACGCCACCUCGGACUACAAGACGCACAAGUUCCUCGACCUCAACAAGCCUCUCCUUAUGCAGGUGUGGAGAGGGGGUUUCUCCAAGGAGUUCUACCUCGAUCAGGUUCACCGGCCGCGGCAUUACAAGGGUGGCGCCUCUGCUCCCCUCUUUGGCAACUUCCUCGAGCCUCUCAGUCUCACCCCUUGGUGGGUUGUGCCCAUGAUCUGGGUUCCCCCAGUCUGCUACGGCACAUAUCUUACCAGCCAGGGACUCGGCAGCCUCACAACCGCCAUGUGGUGGCUGGGAGGCUUUGGACUGUGGUCGUUGAUCGAAUAUGUGAUGCACAGAUUCCUGUUCCACCUUGAUGACUACCUCCCCGAUCACCCCGCUGCUCUGACCGUGCACUUCCUGCUCCACGGCAUCCAUCACUACCUGCCCAUGGACAAGUAUCGCCUCGUGAUGCCACCGACGCUCUUUGUGGCUCUGGCUACUCCAUUCUGGAAGCUCGCCCACACGCUCUUCUUCUGGGACUGGAACGUCGCCGUGGCCGUCUACUGUGGCGGUGUCUUCGGCUACAUCUGCUACGACCUGACGCACUACUUCCUGCACCACCAGAACCUCCCACUCUGGUACAAGGGUCUCAAGAAGUACCACCUUGCCCACCACUUCCUGGACUACGAGCUCGGCUUCGGUGUCACCAGCCGUUUCUGGGACCAGAUUUUCGGCACCGAGCUACCGACGGCCAUCAAGACCAAGUAGAGGCCUUUAUGUGUCGAGAGGAAGGCUUGCCGCGACUGUGCCUGGACCGCACAAAAUGCAAGUUUUUAAUAAGUGCAGCAGGUUUUUCUCUCUGUUCCGAACUGCUGAUCCUACUCCAUGUGGGAGCACUUUGCGAACGCUUCACCUAUACCUGAUACGACCGAAUACCAAAUUUUUAAUACAUUCAACCUACAUGAUAUCUAAUUCAAGAACGACGCCAGGCAAGAGCCAUGGCGGACAUGAGCGACUGGUCCUCGGUUAUGGGAGGGUCGAUGAUGAUGCAUGAAGCACCGGAACAGGAAAGGGGCCAAGGGCAACAGAUAAUAGAACCAGGGAUGAGGGACGCGUUAUGGGUAUGCCACGCUAGGGAUACCCAAGAACCUCUUUUAGGGGAUUCACCAUGUUGUUUUAGGCCCAACAAAUGCUUAGUAGCGUUAAUCCAUGUAGGAAUGAAACGGCGGAGGAGUGGCACAAAGAACUCCACUCUCAAA